UACUCAGCGGCAAAGUCUUUCCCCUCUGAGAGACGAGCGGCGGAAGCGGUGCUAUUUUUAGAAACAGUGUUACCGUAGAGGAGUUAAUCAAAGUGGGGCUUAAAGCAGUGUUUUCAGGACAAUCUGCUGCUUUCACUGCUGCAAUCUUCUGAGACUCCUAUCUGCGCUUGCUGUGUCAUGGGGACAGGACGAUGCAUUUAUAUCAAUCUUAUCUCAGCUAGUGCCAAAUGAUGCCUUAUUUCCCUCUCAUGCUCUCCAGGAAAGCACACCGGGGGACGGCAAACUUUCGCGCCAUGGACUCUGCACUUAAUUGCAACAGCUGCUGCAAUGCUUUUGGGACCUCGUGUAGUUUUGUGUCUUUUCCGAGUCUUAGGAUUUUUAAAGAACAUUGCAGUUUGGGAUGUGAAUGAGAAUUAGUAUUGACUGAAAGAGCUACGGAGAAAAAAAAUCGUUGAGGCGCAUACGGGUUCCUCAUCCUCCUCACUUCCUUACAAAGUGUGAGCACCUGUUUUUGCCGGCUCCUAUGGGAAUUAAGCACUCGUCCCGCUGCAUGCUCCUCAGGAGAAAAAUGGCGGAGUCUGAGAGCACCGAGCAACCACAGCCACGGCCAAUCCGUAUAAUUCCAUCCCAGUCGGCACAGCCCACCUCGUUGCCCAAGCCGGUGCCUUCCAUCCAGCACGCCUCACGGCCUCCUCUGCCGCCACACACGCCCCAUGCUGCCAGCCUUCCCAGCUGUCCUGGGCGGGGGAAGAUGUCCAAAUUUCUAAGCCCAGAGGAGAUGACCUCACGAGACUACUACUUUGACUCUUAUGCCCACUUUGGUAUACAUGAGGAGAUGCUGAAGGACGAAGUGAGGACGCUCACCUACAGGAACGCCAUGUACCACAACAAGCACGUCUUCAAGGACAAAAUAGUGUUGGAUGUUGGAAGCGGGACUGGGAUCCUGUCCAUGUUCGCGGCCAAAGCGGGGGCAAAGCACGUGUAUGGGAUUGAAUGUUCCAGUAUAUCCGAGUACUCAGAGAGGAUCAUCAAGGCCAACCACCUCGACAGCGUGAUCACCAUCUUCAAAGGCAAGGUGGAAGAGGUGGAGCUUCCUGUUGACAAGGUUGACAUCAUCAUAGCUGAGUGGAUGGGCUACUGCCUCUUCUAUGAAUCCAUGCUCAACACCGUCAUCUUUGCCAGAGACAAGUGGCUGAAACCCGGUGGAUUAAUGUUUCCUGACCGUGCCUCUCUGUACGUGGAGGCCAUAGAGGACAGGCAGUACAAAGACUUCAAAAUACAUUGGUGGGAGAACGUGUAUGGCUUCGACAUGACCUGUAUCCGUAAUGUUGCCAUGAAAGAACCACUGGUGGACGUAGUGGACCCUAAACAGGUGGUGACCAACUCCUGCCUCAUCAAGGAGGUGGACAUCUACACAGUGAAGACUGAGGACCUCUCAUUUACCUCAGCGUUCUGCCUACAGGUCCAAAGGAAUGACUACAUCCAUGCACUGGUCACUUACUUCAACAUUGAGUUCACCAAGUGUCACAAGAAAACUGGUUUCUCCACCGCACCAGAUGCUCAAUACACCCACUGGAAGCAGACAGUGUUUUACCUGGAGGACUAUUUGACGGUGCGGAGAGGAGAGGAGAUCGUCGGCAGCAUUGACAUGAAGCCUAAUGAGAAAAACAUUCGAGACUUGGACUUUACCUUCGAGCUGGAUUUCAAAGGACAGCUGUGUGAAGCGGCCAUAUCCCACGACUACAAGAUGCGUUAAGCUGGACUGGGGUGGGGGGGGACGGUGGUGCCCCACUGAAUACAAGCCCUGAACACCAGAGGGAGACAGAGACACUCCCAUCAAACACAGACAGACACAUUGUGCGAUGUAAGAGGUUCCGUAGAAUAGGAGACCAGACAGGGCCAAAGACCAAGCAGAUGUGGCCCAUUGGCAAUAUCACUAUUGUCACUACAGUGUUUGUUGAAGGCAGGGAGUUACUCGUGUUGUAUGUUAAACAAAUCUGAAUGUAACCCAGACAAAAAGAGGUCAGGAAUAUUUCCUCGUCUUGAUGAAUGUUAUUGACCAUUGAUGUGCGUAUAUGUGCGAUGGAGUGAUGUACCUGUGCGUUUUGUACAGUCAGUAUUUGUUUUCCACAGUAACCCCAGACCUUAUGGAGGGAUAAUUGCCAUUUUUAAAUGACAGUAGAGCUAAUGCAAUCCAUUACUGUAUUGUCCGCAUUGCUUUUAGGAGGCAAUACAUUGAAGGUGCAACUCUUAUGUCAUAUUAUGUACCGUAGGGAAUGACUAUUUAUCAAAGACGCACUUUCAUUUAUAGUGUGCAGUGCCACUUAAGCAAAUGUCAAUUUAGCCAUGUCGGAAAACUGACAGCAAUGGAACGCCACAGCCAAGGACGAACCCGGCGCAGUAUGUGUAAUGUGAAAGGUAACGCGUGUUUGCAUAGUCAGUGUAGUAGUAGCUUUACUGUGAGCGUGUAACAGAGGGUGUCACACUGUCGCACAGCCUGGUCUCCAGAUGUGCUCCGUGCUGUCACUUUGAGCAGUGACGUUGACAUGCUGCAUUUAGCUUUUUUUUCCUAUAGUUUCAUAUAUAGACGCUGGCCACUCUCCUUGUAUUGGUUUAUUGAUAUUAGAUUUGACUUAAAUGGCAGGCUCAAGGCAUGAAGCUUCUUUAGUCUUCAUCUGGGCACAAUCCAUGUCAAGCAAUCCAACCCCACAUAGUCCUAGCAACUAGCUCUGAUCUCAGAAAAAGUAUUUCCAAGAGGAGACAAUGGAGUAACGAUUAUGAUAUGUUUUUUUUAUAUAUCAGAAAUAUGGGUUUCUUACAACCAAAUUGCCCCCAAAAUAACUUGGAAGCAUGCAUGUACGUUGUAUGCAACCCAUACAACAGUCUUCCCAGGUAAAAUGAAUGAUUACUUCCAUUGAAUUUUGGUUGUUUUAUUUUUUAUUUCAUAGCA